AUGGCGACUGUGCUGCUGCCGAAGCGGCUUUGUGCUUCCACCACCGCCGGCCUGCUGAGGAGCCGCGUGCUGGGCCCGCAGAAGCGCCGGGCGGACUGGUCCGACUCAGAGGGCACGCAGAGAUCCGAGGAGGACUCGGACAGCGACAGCGCCGGCAGCGAGGCGAACGAGUACGCAGAAGGUCUGGGCGUCGCAGAUCGGAAGCGAUGCUGCCAGCAAAGUGCCAGCCAGUUCGAGUUUGAUCACCAUCCGAGGGAGGAGUAUUUCGAGGAGCCAAAGUCCUAUCAGGGAGACGCCAGCAGGUGCCUUGAGGUAGCUGCACUGCAUAGUGCGGACGGUAGCCAGCGGACCUUGUCGGGGGUUCUCCAAGAACUGGAGGUGCGCGAGGCCAUCAAGGAGCGCUGCGCGAAGCGCCGCCGGCUCCGGGCCCAGCGCGGGCAAUCCGCGCCAGGCCAACCUGAACAGGCGCAGGCUGUGGGUGCGCAAGCCCGUAGCCUACGGCCAAUCAAGGCACCAGAGGCGGGGCUCACGCAGAUCCGCGCGUAUGCGGCGUGCAUGGCCGUGCUGCGCCAGUCACCGCAGAAUGCGCCCGACGAAGAGGCUGCCCACGAGGCGCUGGGUGUCCUGAACGCUUUGAGCUGCCAAGAGAUUGGCAAAGCGGAGCUGAAGGCCACGGGCAUUGGCCGGGAGCUAGCGAAGGCAUUCUGGCAACAGCACCGCUCAGAAGCGAUUGCCAGGCUGGCCCGUGGCCUGGUGGAUGGCUGGCGGCAGAAUUUGCGCGCGCGCGGGUGA